CCACAUACUGUAGCCCUCUUUCUCUUUCUUUCUGUCACACAUCACACUCACCCAGUCCUCUCAGCAUUGCAGCAGUUGCAGCACUGCAGCUGCUCUUCUCUCAGCACAUGAGAAAAAAAAAAGCAGUUCUUUAUUCAGUCAUUGCUCUGCUCUGCAUAACUCUCCUCAUGCUUCUUUUUUUAAAUUUUUUGAAAGCUUGAUUUGAUAUCAUCUCGCUCAACGCCAUUCAUAUAAGCUUGGUUCUAAAAAAAUGCACUGAUGAAGCUCUUCCUAUUCUUCUAAACACCUCCCAUUUCUUCUUAAAAUGGUGGGUUUAAUCGAUCUCAACACAACGGAGGACGAAGACACUCCUUCCUCUGCUUCUUUGUCUCCGUCUCCUUCUCCUAAAUCGGCUUCCGCUUUAAGUGCCUCUACUUUUAGCGCUUCUGGAGUUUCGUUGGAGCUGUGGCACGCCUGUGCAGGCCCCCUCAUAUCUCUUCCGAAGAGAGGGAGUGUGGUGGUGUACUUCCCUCAGGGUCACUUUGAACAUGUCCCAGAGUAUUCCGUCGCAUUUUCUUCUUCUUUUAACCUUCCUCCUCACGUGUUUUGUCGGGUUGCUGAUGUGAAACUCCAUGCGGAGGCUGUAAGUGAUGAGGUUUGUGCGCAGGUCUUUCUGAUUCCUGAAACCGAGCAAACUGAGAAGAAGUUGCUAGAAGGGAAACUUGAGAGGCAUGGUGAAGAGGAGGAUGUCGAGGUGGCUGCGAAGUCUUCCACACUCCACAUGUUCUGCAAGACCCUUACUGCUUCUGAUACUAGCACGCAUGGAGGCUUUUCUGUACCACGCCGAGCUGCCGAGGACUGCUUCCCUCCCCUGGAUUACAGUCAACAGAGGCCUUCGCAAGAGCUUAUAGCAAAGGAUCUUCAUGGCCUGGAAUGGAGAUUCCGACACAUUUACAGGGGACAACCACGGAGGCACUUGCUGACUACUGGAUGGAGUGCAUUUGUUAAUAAGAAAAAGCUUGUCUCUGGUGAUGGUGUGCUUUUCCUGAGGGGUGAAGAUGGUGACCUGAGACUAGGGAUUCGAAGGGCAUCUCAAGUAAAAGGUGGUUCUGGUUUUCCAUCUUUAUGCAGCCAGCAGUUGAGUCACGGCAGUAUCAUGGAUGUGGUUAAUGCUAUAUCUAUGAGACAUUCUUUCAGUGUUUACUACAAUCCAAGGGGUAGUGCAUCAGAUUUCAUAAUCCCUGUCCAUAAAUUCUUGAAGAGCCUUGAUCAACAUUUUUCUGUUGGAGUGAAAUUCAAAAUGCGAUUUGAAACAGAGGAUUCAGCAGAGCGAAGAUGCACUGGACUGAUUACUGGAAUCAGUGAUGUAGAUCCUCUUAGAUGGCCUGGUUCAAAAUGGAGGUGCCUAUCGGUUAGGUGGGAUGAUAGUGAGUCUAAUGGGCACACAAGGGUUUCUCCUUGGGAAAUUGAGCAAUCUGGUUCUGUUUCUAGUUCCAAUGGCUUGGUCACGCCUGGUUUGAAGAGGACUAGGAUGGGAUUGCCUUCAGGGAAACCAAAUUUUCCAAUUUCUGAGAGAAUUGGAGAACCAGACUUUGGGGAAUCUUUGAGGUUCCAGAGGGUCUUGCAAGGUCAAGAAAUUUUGGGUUUUAAUGCUCUUUAUGAUGGUGUUGAUAUUCAGAGUCUGCAUCCAUCUGAAAUCAGGAGGCGCCAUCCUGGUUCAAAUGGAUCUGGGAUUGCUGCUACAGGAGAUGGUAUCAGAAACCUAUGUGUAAAUUCUGAUACUUCCCACGAAGGCAUGGGCUUUGGUGAAUCAUUCCGAUUCCAUAAGGUCUUGCAAGGUCAAGAAAUUAUUUCCCAGUCUCCAUAUGGAAGAGCAACUACUGUUAAAGAUACUCAUGGUAAUGAUUGUGUUGGAAUAACAAAAAGUGGUCAGAUCCUAAGGUUGAGAAAUGGACAGUCUUCAGCAAUUCAGCAUUACAGUACUCAUAUGAGCCCCUCUGCACCUUCUGUACAAGUUUCAUCACCAUCUUCAGUGUUGAUGUUCCCGGUGGUAAAUAAUCUAGUUUUGAACUAUAAUCCACCUCUUCAUAGCUUGAAGGAUCAAAAGGGGCAACGAACUAGCAAUCAUGGUUAUUUUUGUAGUUCUGAAACAUAUGGGGGAAAGUAUGCAUCCUUGUCACAUUAUGAGCAUUGUUUCAGGGGGGAUGAACCAAGAGGCUUGAACUAUUUAGGCCAGUCAAAUGAGCAUGUUCAACCUGGAAUAUCAUGCUCUCUUUCCCCUCAAUCAGUAUGUAGGGGUGGCCAAAAUAUCAUUUCCUCAUGUAAAAGUAGCUGCAGACUCUUCGGCUUUUCUCUGACUGAGGAAAGACAUGUUGCUACUGUUGAGGACAACAUAGCUCCAGCUACAUGUCAGUUGAAUCCUAGAGCUUCACUUCUUCCUCAUGUUGGAGAGCACCUCCAUCCAAAGCCUCCAAUGAUGGCCAAAGCAGUAGGAAAAAACUGUGCCAAUGGAAUUAUGCAAUGUGUUGGAAAUUAUGAUAUAUACUAAUGAAGAUGCCAGUAGUAAGCACCUGAGUUUGUGGAAGAAAAUCCCUCCUUUUGCUCUAAUAAUAAUACUUGUGCUGUAACUGAUACAAUUUAGCUUGUGAGAAAUAAAAAAGAAAUUGUGCUGAUGCAUAACUCCUUCAGCCCUUUGGUAUAUAACAAUGUGUGUUAACCUAGUAAGUUCCCAGUGACUCCUGGAUUUGAAUAACAUUGCUGUAAUCAAACUUAAAAGAGUAUUGCAUAUGCUUUUGUAAUACCCUAUAUGAAAUUUGUAAGGUAUUGUUUGCUUUA